AACAGACUUGCACAAGACAGACAUCUACACACACACCCACACACUGAAAUCCGAUAACUCACUCUUUUUUCUAACUUAGUAACUGGAACAUGAAUUUUGACCUGAGUCUGCAUCUUUAGAACUAGAGGAAGCAUGACGCUGUGGUUUCUAGCAGUAUUUCCAUGUUUGCUGCUGUUCAGUCACCAAGGGCUGUGUGUCCAGAGAAUAAAUUGCCAGUGGGGACCAUACGGUGACUGGUCACAGUGUGAUGGCUGCACUAAGUUACAGACAAGAAGCAGACCCAUGGCAGUUUACGCACAGUUUGGAGGAAAUCCUUGUAAUGGAGGACGAACGGAGACCAGGGCCUGCGAAACCAAACAAGGCUGCCCUCUAGAGGAUGGCUGUGGAAACCGGUUUCGAUGUCUAUCGGGAAAAUGCAUAAGUAUGUCUCAGGUGUGUAACGGAGACCAGGACUGUGAAGAAGAUGGUCUUGAUGAACGUCAGUGUGACGACAAAUUCAUAACCUGCGCUGUUUCACAACCCCCGCCCAACAUCGAACAUUUGGGACUGGGGUAUGAUGCCGUAUCAGGGAAACAGAGGGGCAUUGUGAUCAAUACCAAGAGCUUUGGGGGCCAAUGCCAUCUUCUGAAUAGUGGUGUCCACAACACUGUGUUUCGACUGCCCCUCAGCAUUAUCAAGUACCAAACGAUGGUAACAGUUCAGAACGACAUCAGUGAUGAGAUGUUUACCAGUACGUGGCAUUAUGCCAAGGAUACCGUCAGUAGAGAAACAGUGACGGGAACCACAAAGGGAUACCGCAACUAUGACUUUCAUCAGACAAUUGAAGAGAUCAAGCACCACAAUCUUUUGGUUCUAAAGAAUUCAAUAGACGUAACCCAUUUCCAGAGCAACUCCCCGAAUUCCAUUCCACUUUCAGAGGAAUUCUGGAAGGCACUGACCCGACUGCCCUCUGUCUACGACUACGCAGCCUACAGGAAGGUUAUUGAGAGGUUUGGAACGCACUAUGUGUCAGAGGGCAGCCUUGGAGGGUCCUUUAAAGUUGUUGCCAGUAUCGAUGAAGAAACUAAGAAAGAAACGAAAACUGAAACUCUGGACCAUCAAGAGCGUACACGCACUAAGCGUUGGGUUCUCAUAUUUCCUGUCUACCAUACGUCAUACAAGAAGGAUCAAUAUUCCCGACCUGUUAACAGAGAACAUUUUCAACGGAGUCAAAUUAAAAAAGUUGAUGUGGAAGGAGGAGGAGUGGAACAUAUUGAAGCAUUGAAAACGAUGAAUAUCAAUAAUGCCGAAAGGAACUGGGAGAUGUACUCAAACUGGGCGGAUUCUCUUAGAUCAUUCCCGCAGGUCACCAAACAGAAGAUCCGCCCAUUGUCAGAGCUGGUGAAGGAGGUUCAGUGUGCCGGAGUAAAGAAGCUCUACCUUCAAAAAGCCAUAGAUCAGUAUCUGGCAGAAAGUGACUCCUGUCACUGCCGGCCCUGCAGCAACAAUGGCAUGACCAUCAUGGAUAGAGACGAAUGUAAAUGCAUCUGUAAGCCUGGCACGUUAGGACUGGGCUGUGAGCAGGGAACUGAAGCAGAGGGUCAACCAGGUGUGAUCCAGGGUAGCUGGUCAUGCUGGUCAGGAUGGUCAUCAUGCUCGGGGAACAAACGUUCUCGUAGCCGCUCCUGCUCUAAUCCCUCUCCUCAGAAUGGAGGACAGUUCUGUAUUGGAGAAGCCAGUGAGACGUCAGACUGUGAAGACCAAGAGCUGCAGUAUUUGAGAACCAUGGAGCCUCAGUGCUUUGACUUCACUCUACCACCAAGUCAACACUGUGGAGCUCCACCUGCUCUCGUCAACGGAUAUGUACUGGACCCCAAGGAUAUUUACCUGGUUGGCAGUCGGGUUGAGUACACUUGCACUCCUGGUCUCUACCUUAUUGGCGAACCCUUAGAAUGCAAAGCCGAUCUCACAUGGUCUGCCAAGCCAGGACUGUGCACAACAUCAUCGUGCAAAAUUGAUGCCCUUGCUGAAGGGGUCAGAGCCUAUCCAAAGAAAGAGUUUUAUCAUCUUGGGGAGACAGUUUCCUUCUCCUGUUCUCCAGGCCAUGAGCUUAAAGGAGAAAAAGAAGUGACAUGUGAAGCUGGUCUGUAUCUCAGGUUCUCAGCAGACCCCAAAUUCUUUAGAUGUGUCGAGGUGGCUCCACCUACUGCUUCUUCUGUUCAGUGUGAGCCAUGGCAGAAGGUUUCUAAAGGAAAAUGUGUUUGCAAAAUGCCUUUUGAGUGCGGAUCGUCUUUGGAGCUAUGUGUCAAUCUUAACCGAGAUGGAAUACCAUCCAGAGUUAUAAAUGUGUGCAAAAUGCACGCACUGCAGUGCUUGGGGGGGAAUAUAACAAUAGCGGAAGAUAGCACCUGCACGUGGCCACCACGCAACGAUGUACACUGCAACAGCUGUGACAUGUGGGAGACCUGCGAUGCUCAAACCAACAGGUGUCGCUGCAAGGACUCGGCCAAUUGCACGACACCUGGAACAAACGUGUGUGUUCGUGUGGGGAAUGACAUUACUGCUGCUGGUCAGACCAUGAGUGAGUGUGAGGCCGGAUUCAAAAGAUGCAAAGGAGAAAAAGUGACAGUCCUCAGUCUCCUGCCUUGCACCUCCUAGGGAUGAGAAGGAGGUGAAAGGAGUUGAUGACUGCAUCCUUUUUUUAAUGCAUGGGUCGCCAUUUAUAUUCACACAUUCAUUAAAAUCAAUGUCCUUUGAUUUCAGCUUUAUUUUAACAACAUUUUCUUAAGCAUGUGUGAAACGUGUAUCAAAAAAAUGAAAAUAAAAUGAAAAAAUGGAGCAGGUUUCUUCUUUGCCUGAACA